AUGUGGGAAAGUCGCGUUGCAAGUGUUAAAGCAAUAAGAUAUCAAGCUCCACAAAUAAGAGAUACUUUAAAUCAUUUGGCAAAUCUUGGUAAACCCCACAAUACAAAGAGUGAAGCUGAGUCUUUAGCAACAUAUGAAAUUGAGAACUUUGAAUUUUUGCUUGGCAUGAUUAUUUGGCACAAUAUAUUAUUUGCAGUUAACUCAGUAAGCAAAAUAUUUCAAAAGGAAGACAUACAUAUUGAUGUUGCUAUAAUUCAGUUAAAAGUACUCAUUACCUUUCUUGAAAAAUAUAGAGAAACUGGAUUUUUGGAUGCCAUAAUUGAGGCUACAGAAGUUGCUACUCUAAUGGAAAUUGAUCUAGUAUUUCGUGAAAAGCGUGUCAUUCGCAAAAAGAAGCAAUUUGAUGAGAAUGUUAGUGAAGAGGUGAUAGAGACUGCUGAAGAAUAUUUUAGAGUUAAUUACUUUAUGUAUAUAAUUGAUCACGCUCUUUCUUCACUUAAGAGUAGGUUUGAACAAUUUCAAGUAUAUGAGGAAAACUUUGGAUUUUUGUUUGAUUUGAAAAAGUUAAGUUCUACCAACAAGGAAUGUUUGAAGACUUAUUGUGUUAAUCUUGAAGAUUUUCUGAAACAUGAUGAACUUUCUGAUAUUGAUGGGAGAGAUCUAUUUUCAGAGUUGAAUGUCUUGAAAGAAGUUUUACCAAAAGGAAUCAAAAGGCCAAUUGAAGUAUUAAAUUAUUUAAAAACAAUGGAUGGUUGUUUUUCAAAUGCAUGGAUUGUGUAUAGAAUUUUGUUAACUAUACCUGUUACAAUGGCCUCUGGAGAAAGAAGUUUUUUAAAGUUGAAGUUAAUCAAAUCUUACCUUCGGUCAACUAUGUCACAAGAAAGAUUGAAUGUGUUAGCUUUGUUAUCCAUUGAAAAAGAUAUGGUGGAUAAAUUCGAUUAUCCAAGUUUCAUUAGUGAUUUUGGUUCAAUUGUAAACUGA